UGGUGUGGAUAUUGUCACGUUGUAUUGCCAGUAUUUUUUUGGUCUCUUUCUUAAUAAAAUUUCUGUAAAACAACAUCGAUUCGUUUUUUUUAACCACGGUAAACCUUUGUCUGAAAACAAAUUCUAAGCAGUUAAUUCGACGGCAGGUUUUACUUGUGUUGUGAAAGCUUGUAGGCGACAAGGCAAAGCAGAAUGCCCGAGGAGAAGGAAAUUAUCAAGAAACAGAAGACUGGGUUCUAUGCAUCAUCAACCUCAGCAUGGGCUUUGCAAGUGGCUACAAAUGUCACAGAGCAAAAGCAUCAUGUAUCAAGGGACAAGCGUGGUCAGAUCCUUGGCAACCUAAGAGGCUUCCGAGGAUGCACUGUGUGGUUCACAGGACUGUCUGGAGCAGGAAAAACAUCUAUUGCAUUUGAACUGGAAGCAUACCUCAUCUCACGAGGUAUACCUUCAUAUGGUCUUGAUGGAGACAAUGUGAGAACAGGCCUCAAUAAAGAUCUAGGCUUCAGCAAGGAAGAUCGUGAAGAGAACAUUCGUAGGGUGGCUGAAGUGGCGAAGUUGUUCGCUGACAGUGGAGUUGUUGCAUUAUGCAGUUUUGUUUCUCCAUUUUCUGCUGACAGAGAAAUGGCACGUAAAAUCCACAAGGAAAGUGAUUUGCCAUUUUUUGAAGUCUUUGUUGACACACCGCUGAAUGUAUGUGAACAGCGUGAUGUUAAGGGCUUAUACAAGAAAGCUAGACAGGGAAGCAUUAAAGGUUUCACUGGAGUUGAUCAGGCAUAUGAAAAACCUGAAAAUCCUGACUUGGUAGUGAAGACAGUUAACUCGAGUGUUGAAGAAAGUACAAUGCAAGUUGUAGAAUUUUUACAGGAGCAUGGUAUAAUUCCACCAACAUUAAAAGCGAGUGAUGAGGUCCAUGAGCUGUUUGUACCUGAGAACAGGCUAGCAGCAGCAAAAGAGGAAGCAGAGCAUUUGCCUGCUUUGGAAAUCACAACACUAGACCUUCAGUGGCUGCAGGUUCUAUCUGAAGGAUGGGCUUCACCCCUUGAAGGCUUCAUGCGCGAAGACCAAUUUUUGCAGGCCAUUCACUUCAACUGCCUGCCUGAGAAAGCUGGAAUUAACCAGUCUGUUGUAAUUGUACUACCAGUACAUACAGAAGACAAGGAACGACUUGAUGGGAUGUCAGCCUUUGCGUUAUCCUAUGAGGGAAGGAGGGUAGCUAUUCUCCGUAAGCCAGAAUUCUAUGGUCACCGUAAGGAGGAACGUGUCUGCCGUCAGUUUGGUACAUCCCACAGAGGACACCCUUACAUUAAGAUGAUUUAUGAAAGUGGUGACUGGUUAGUCGGUGGUGACCUGGAGGUACUUGAAAGGAUCCGAUGGAAUGACGGGCUAGACAGCUAUCGUCUAACGCCACUUGAACUUCGAGCAAGGUUUAGGGAAAUGGGUGCAGAUGCUGUUUUUGCAUUCCAGCUUCGAAACCCAAUCCACAAUGGACAUGCAUUACUUAUGCAGGACACAAAACGAAGGCUCUUGGAGGAGCAUGGCUUCCGGAAACCAGUGCUGCUUCUGCAUCCUUUGGGUGGUUGGACAAAGGAUGAUGAUGUACCCCUGCCAGUGAGAAUGGAGCAGCAUAAAGCAGUAUUAGAUGAAGGAGUACUCGAUCCAGAGUCUACCCUGUUGGCAAUUUUCCCAUCUCCAAUGCAGUAUGCAGGACCCACUGAAGUUCAGUGGCAUGCAAAGGCUCGAAUGAAUGCUGGAGCAAACUUUUACAUAGUUGGCAGAGAUCCAGCUGGCAUGCCUCAUCCAGAGCGUGAAAAAGGAGACCUGUACGAUGCAACACAUGGAGCUCGGGUGCUGCGUAUGGCUCCUGGGCUGUCUGCACUUGAAAUAAUACCUUUCAGAGUAGCUGCAUAUGACAAGAAAGCUGGACGCAUGGCGUUCUUUGAACCUCAGCGUAAAGAGGACUUUGAGUUCAUCUCAGGAACAAAGAUGAGAGGUUUGGCUCGUUCUGGACAGCUUCCACCAGAUGGGUUUAUGGCCCCAAAAGCAUGGAAAGUUUUGUCGGGAUAUUACCAGUCACUUCAGAGCAAGUAAUGGGUGUUCUGUUGUGCAGAACUGUAGCUGUUGCUUGAAGAAAGAAUUAGUGCUUCAAUUCUAAAUUAAGUACUUGAGCUACAGUAUUACUGUGAUAGUACAAUGCUGGCUGUUUCAGUCAGCUGCAAAAAUAUAUGACUAAGGAUCUUUUGCAUUCAGAAACAUUGUGGAAACCACAUGUAUGUCAAUAUUGUUAACUGGAGUAGAGCCCUAAUAUUCCCUUAAAGUCACAAACGUCUUACAAUGACUGCACAUUAUUAUUUUUUAAUGUUAAAUGUAAAAAGAGCAUUCCAAACACAUGUGUUUUUGCAAGAAAGAUAUUCACUGUAUCUUAAAAUGAAAAUAUGCAUUUUACCUUUAACUGUAACAUUACCAAUUUUAAGUUACUUGGUAAGUAUGUUACUUGUCAAGUCUGCAUUUCAAAACAAGUUGCAUUUAUCUGUAAAGCUCACAGAACAAUUGUUAUUCAUUGAGCGACUGUGGGAUGUUGCUGCUGCAUUGUUUCAUGUACCUGAAAGGAUAUGAAAUACUGAGGUAAGAGAAGAAAAGGGAAGGCAAUGUAUCUGGGACAGAUAACCUCAAUAUCUAUGAGUGAUUUGCGCUGAUUCUCAGAAGAUUUUCUUUUCUGUGAAGCAUUACAGUAUAUCUUCACACUGCUGCUGAAGGGAAGAAGGGGGCACAUAUACUCACCAGAUUUUUAUUGUACAUUCCAAAGAGCUGUAUCAUAUGAUAUCUGUUAGUUAAGAAAAAUUAACUUUGCACUUCUCAGCUUAUAUGUCUGUACAAUUGCAUCUGCCAUGAAGGAAGGAUGACAUCUGUAUCAACAGUGUGAAUUAUGGUGCUAUGUGCUGUUUGUAUAUUUUAUGUAAUUUUUAAUCCUCCCCACUGCGUGCAAUACAUGCCAUUUCAAAUUAAAUUAUGACUUAUGUUAUAUUUGUUAUUUCAGAAUACAUGUUAUUGUAGAAAAUGGUGUAGUGCCUUUUACAAAAGUAUUAUCAAUAAAAGAAUUUAUAGAAAUCUG